AUGGACGAGGCCCGCAUCAAGCGGGUCCAGGAACCCACGGUGGCAGGAGCUGGGCUGGUGGCCUACCCAGGGCAGAAGGCAAAGCUGGAGUGUGGGCUGCGAGAGGAGAGGGGUCAGAGCCCCUGCAUCCGCAGGACCCCAAAUCGGCUGGGCCCCAAGGCCCGGACUGCGCCCCCUGGUGGCCCUAGCGGCCCUCGGCGAAUGCGUCCUGCCUCUCCUCCGCCCAAGCCCUCUGCCCUCACCUGGGUCCGGUGCUCCCGACGUGGUGAAGUGUCCGGACGCACCCUCAUCGACAUUGGUUCAGGCCCCACCGUGUACCAGCUGCUCAGCGCCUGCAGCCACUUUGAAGACAUUACCAUGACAGAUUUCCUGGAGGUCAACCGCCAGGAGCUGGGGCGCUGGCUGCGGGAGGAGCCAGGAGCCUUCAACUGGAGCAUGUACAGCCAGUAUGCCUGCCUCAUCGAGGGCAAGGGGGAAUCCUGGCAGGAGAAGGAGCGCCAGCUGCGAGCCAGGGUGAAGCGGGUCCUGCCCAUCGACGUGCACCAGCCCCAGCCCCUGGGUACUGGGAGCCCAGCGCCCCUGCCUGCCGACACCCUGGUCUCUGCCUUCUGCUUGGAGGCUGUGAGCCCAGAUCUUGCCAGCUUCCAGCGGGCCCUGGACCACAUCACCACGCUGCUGAGGCCUGGGGGGCACCUCCUCCUCAUCGGGGCCCUGGAGGAGUCGUGGUACCUGGCUGGGGAGGCCAGGCUGAUGGUGGUGCCAGUGUCUGAGGAGGAGGUGAGGGAGGCCCUGGUGCGUAGUGGCUACGAGGUCCGGGACCUCCGCACCUACAUCAUGCCUGCCCACCUUCAGACAGGUGUAGAUGACGUCAAGGGCAUCUUCUUCGCCUGGGCUCAGAAGGUUGGACUGUGAGGGGCCAGCGUACCUGGUGCCCUGUGGCCCCUACCCACCUGGAUUCCCUGUUCUUUGAAGUGGCACCUAAUAAAGAAAUAAUACCCUGCC